AUGGAGAAUGGUGGUGAAAUGAUCAAGAAAAUUAAAGGAAGACAAAAGAGAGAUAUAAAGAGGAUUGAGAAUAAGAAAAAUUGUCAAAUCGCUUUUACAAAGAGAAAAGAUGGCUUACUGAAAAAGGCAAAUGAAAUAAAAUAUUUAUGUGAUGCUGGUGUUGAUUUGAUCAUAUAUUCUUCAAGUGGAAAAGCCUAUUGCUAUGGCGAUUCUUCGUUAAAGACAAUAAAAAUGGCUCUCUCAAACGAACAACAACCUCAAGAUAGUAAUCAGUUCCUUGGUUACAUCAUGGAGGAAAUGUCUAGGAUGGACAUGCAGAAUCUUGUUAAAAAGAACAAUUCACUUGUGAAUCGAUUAAAUGCUGAGAAAGAAUGA